AUGCCUGAGAAUAUUACCAUACUAUAUGGAUCGGAAACAGGAAAUGCCGAGGAAUAUGCAAAGUAUCUAAAGCUUCGCUUAAAAAGCUAUUCAUUGAAAACUACCUUAUCAUCAUUAGAUUCAUAUGAGUUGAAAAAUUUAAUUACAAGUACAGAAUAUUUAAUUAUAAUAUGUUCAACUACAGGUCAAGGAGAAUUACCAAGGAAUGCUAAAUCAUUUAUGAAAUUCAUAUUGAAGAAAAAGUUACCUUAUGAUUUAUUUCAACAUAUCCAUUUAACAACUUUAGGGUUAGGCGAUUCUUCGUAUACUAAAUAUAAUUAUGCAAUCAAAAAGAUACAUACUAGAAUGAUGCAAUUAGGAUGUCAAGAAUUAUCACCAAGAUGUGAAGCAGAUGAAAUGUCACCAGAAGGAGUUGAUGGAUAUUAUUUGGAAUGGGAAUCACAACUUAUAGCGUCAUUAUUGAACCAUUUCCCAGAUUGCAAAAAGAUUGAAGAAGGUGUUGUACCUAUGCCACAGUAUAAAAUUACAAUUGAUAAAAGUUGCAAAGAGCUAGAAGAAAAUUCAUUGCUACCUAAGAUAUAUAAUGAUUUACAAAAUGGUGUUGUGCUAUCAAAUGAAAGAAUAACUACCUCAGACCAUUUCCAAGAUGUAAGGCAUAUUAAAUUUAAAGGUGAAAGUCUAAAAUAUUAUCCUGGAGAUACGAUAUCAUUAUACCCUUCCAAUUUCGAUGAAGACGUUGAAGCAAUACUAGAAUGUCAACCCCAAUGGUUAAAAGUUGCAGAUAAACCGCUAAAAAUUAAAAACUUGAUUGAUGGUGAGCAAAAUAUUACCCUUAGAAAUCUAAUAAAGUACCACUUGGACAUUAUGUCUAUUCCAAAAAGAAGCUUUUUUGCAAUACUAUGGCAUUUUUGUAGUUCCUCAACUGAAGACGGUUUGAGAGAACAGGAAAAAUUAAAGGAGUUUGGAUCAUUCGAGGAUCCUGAGGAGCUAUAUAACUAUGCAAAUAGACCAAGAAGACUGAUAUUGGAAACGCUCCAAGAAUUCAAAAAUAAUUUGGUUAUACCUGUUUCCUAUGUCCUAGAUUUGAUUCCUUUAAUUAAACCAAGAAUGUUUUCAAUAGCAUCAAAGCCAAGUGAAACAGAAAUAGAAAUCGUUGUUGCAGUUGUUGAGUAUAAAACCAUAAUAAGGAGAAUUAGGAGAGGUUUGUGUACUAGAUGGUUAAAAUCAUUAACUCCAAAUGAUGACAUUAAAUUCACAAUCGAUAAAUCGUCUUUCAAAUUGGCCCAAUUUCCUCUCAUAAUGGUUUCACCGGGAACAGGUGUUGCACCAAUGAAGUCAAUCAUUGACGAAGUUUUGCACAAGAAUUCAUCACAAGAAAUGUAUCUAUUCUUUGGUUGUAGAUUCGAAGAAAAAGAUCAUUUAAUAAAAUCAUUCUGGGAAAAAUCAAGUAACUUACAUAUCUAUGAUUGCUUCUCCAGAGACUCAGAAUCUAAGUUUAAAUAUGUUCAAGAUGCUCUAGUUGGUAAUUGGAAUUUGAUUGGUGACUUAUUGAUUAAUCAAAAUGCUUCAAUUUUUGUUUGUGGAUCAAGUGGUAAAAUGCCUAGAGAAGUCAAAUUAUCAUUCAUAGAGAUCGUAAAAAAGUUCAAAAAUAUUUCUGAAGAUGAAGCUAAAACAUAUAUAUUCAAAUUAGAAGAUAUUGGUAGGUACAAGGAAGAUGCUUGGUAA